AUGAGUUUCAGGGACGAAGCUGAAGAUGGGAGGGGAGAUCUGAGGAAGCCAUUUUUGCACACGGGGAGUUGGUACAGAAUGGGGUCGAGGCAGUCCAGCUUGAUGGGCUCCUCACAAGUUAUUAGGGAUAGCUCCAUCUCAGUCUUGGCCUGUGUCAUGAUUGUGGCUUUGGGUCCUGUCCAGUUUGGCUUCACCUGCGGCUACUCUUCACCAACUCAGUCUGCUCUUACAAAUGAUCUCCAGCUCACAGUCUCACAGUUCUCCAUAUUUGGUUCUUUGUCAAAUGUGGGAGCCAUGGUUGGUGCAAUAGCCAGUGGCCAGAUCGCCGAGUACAUUGGUCGAAAAGGGGUGAUGAGAUUAUUUUAUACUUUUGUAUUUCCGUGGUACAAUCUUAAAUUUUUUAUCCAAUUCUUUAACCUGCAGUCUCUAAUGAUCGCUGCGAUACCUAAUAUCAUCGGUUGGCUUGCAAUAUCAUUUGCCAGAGAUUUUUCGUUUCUUUACAUGGGAAGACUAUUGGAAGGAUUUGGUGUGGGUAUAAUAUCUUACACAGUGCCUGUAUACAUAGCUGAGAUAGCUCCUCAAAAUCUCAGAGGUGCUCUGGGCUCGGUGAACCAGCUCUCUGUAACCAUUGGGAUCAUGCUAUCAUAUCUGCUGGGACUAUUUGUUGGCUGGAGAAUUCUCGCAAUUCUAGGAACACUGCCUUGUCUGAUAUUGAUACCUGGCCUAUUUUUCAUCCCAGAAUCUCCUAGGUGGUUGGCUAAAAUGGGGAUGAUGGAUGAUUUUGAAGCCUCUCUACAAGUGCUACGUGGAUUUGACACUGACAUUUCCCUUGAAGUAAAUGAAAUCAAGAGGUCUGUAGCUUCAACAAGCAGAAGAACAGCAAUCCGGUUUGCUGAUCUCAAAAUGAGAAGAUAUUGGUUACCCCUUAUGAUAGGGAUCGGGUUACUUCUUUUCCAGCAGCUUGCGGGAACUAAUGGUGUUAUAUUCUACUCCACUACUAUAUUUGAAUCUGCUGGUGUCACAUCAGGCAAUGCCGCCACCUUCGGUGUCGGUGCUAUUCAGGUGAUUGCUACUGCAGUUUCGACAUGGUUGGUAGACAAAACUGGGCGCCGGAUUCUACUUCUUGUCUCUUCAGUAGGCAUGGGUGUCAGUCUUCUAGUAGUUUCAGUCUCAUUUUUCGUAAAGGACUUCGUGAGCAAGGAUUCUUCAUUUUACAACAUAUUGGGAAUCCUAUCAGUAGUUGGAGUUGUGUGCAUGAUUAUCUCAUUUUCGCUUGGAAUGGGGCCCAUUCCCUGGCUUAUAAUGUCUGAGAUUCUUCCUCCUAAGAUCAAAGGCCUAGCAGGAAGUGUGGCAACUUUGGCAAACUGGUCGGCCUCUUGGGUUAUUACUAUGACUGCACCUUUACUACUUGCUUGGAGCAGUGGAGGGACAUUUGCACUUUACACGAUCGUGUGUGUUUUCACGGUGGUCUUUGUGGCGAUUUGGGUACCCGAAACAAAAGGAAAGACAUUGGAGGAAAUCCAGCAAUCUUUCAGAUGA